AUGUCAUGGCAAGGUCGUAGAGGAAAAGGAAAAGGGGCGUUCACGGUUAGAUGUCGUUUAGACCGUGCAUUGGCAAAUGAGGAGUGGCAUACUCUUUUUCCUUGUUCUUAUACAGAAUACUUAGGGAUGGUGGCGUCCGAUCAUCGACCCGUGGUAGCGUUUUUAGAGGAUAAAAUUUCCAGGAGGAAGGGACAAUUUCGUUUUGAUAAGAGAUGGGUUGGACAGGAAGGUCUUAUGGAAACAAUUUCCAUGGGCUGGUCCGAUCAGAGUGUAGAAAGGAAGGAUGAUAUAGUGGCAAAAAUUGGGAAUUGUCGACAUGAAAUUGCGAGAUGGCGGAAAAAUAAUCCACCUUACGGAAAGGAAAAAAUAAGUGAGUUACAGAAAGCUCUCGAAGAGGUACAAUCAGAUGACACAAGAUCGCAGGAGGAUAUAGUGGAGGUGUCUAGGAAAUUACAAGAGGCAUAUAAGGACGAAGAAGAAUAUUGGCAGCAGAAAAGUAGGAAUAUGUGGUACUCUUCUAGGGAUCUUAAUACUAAAUUUUAUCAUGCUUUAACUAAGCAAAGAAGAAUUCGAAAUAUGAUUGUUGGUUUGUAUGAUGCUGUGGGAAAUUGGAUUACAGAAGACAAUAAGGUGGAGAAAGUGGCUGUAGAUUAUUUCCAUGAUUUGUUUACUACCACUUCACCUUCAGAUUUCGAUGCUUUUCUUGCGGAGGUAACGAUGGGAAUAACUCCUCAGAUGAACCAACGCUUGCUGAGGCUAGCGACUGAGAAUGAGGUUAGAGAGGCUUUGUUUAUGAUGCAUCCUGAAAAGGCACCAGGACCGGAUGGCAUGACGGCUCUCUUUUUUCAAUAUUCUUGGCAUAUUAUAAAGCAGGAUCUGGUAGAAAUGGUUUUGUGCCAGCGUUUGAAAGGGUGUCUUCCGUCCCUUAUUUCAGAGACUCAAUCGGCUUUCGUGCCGGGGAGGUUGAUAACUGAUAACAUUCUUAUUGCUCAGGAGAUGUUUCAUGGGUUACGGACUAAUAAGGCAUGUCAAGGAAAGUACAUGGCAAUUAAAACGGAUAUGAGCAAGGCGUAUGAUCGAGUCGAAUGGGAUUUUAUUCAGGCUUUACUGGAAAAAAUGGGAUUUGAUCUUCACUGGAUUAAGUUAAUGAUGGAAUGUCAGCUUAUUAAUUUUGAUAAGUCUUCAAUCCAAUUUGGGCACAAGAUUGAAGAAUCAGUCAGACAGGAAUUAAGAGAUAUUUUGGGUAUUCAGAAUCUUGGAGGAAUGGGAACUUAUCUUGGAUUACCAGAAAAUCUUGGGGGCUCAAAGAUUCAAGUUUUCGGUUUUGUGCAAGAUAGACUUAAUAGAAGGGUUAAUGGGUGGACUUUCAAAUUUUUCACGAAGGGUGGAAAAGAAGUGGUUAUUAAAUCAGUAGUUACGGCAUUACCAAAUCAUGUGAUGUCUUGCUAUAGAUUACCGAAGGCAACCGCGAAAAAAUUGACAAAUGCGGUAGCACGUUUUUGGUGGAGUCCAGGUGGAAGUACAAGAGGAAUGCAUUGGAAAUCUUGGGAUAAGGUGAUUCGGAAUCUAGUGGACCCACAGGAUGUGAAAAUUAUCGAAAGUAUACCUUUGAGUAGGAUCCAGAGGAUUGAUAGAGAUGGUUGGCAUUUCACAAACAAUGGGAAAUAUUCGGUCAAAUCAGGAUAUCAGGUAGAGCGGGUUUACCCAGAUAGAGAUAAACCACCAGAAAUGUUUGGACCUACAGUGGAUGCUCAAGAAGAAUUUACAAGCGCGAGGGAUAAAUGGUGA